UGCCCCUGUCACUCAUACACAGACAGGCACACAACCACACCACACACCCAGUUGUGUUUCCACUGUGUCCUCUGUGUUCCCAGCACAAGGCUGGCACUCUGCUCUGUUGGUCUUGUGAACGCAGCCCUCCUCCGCCCAUCUGUCUCUGCAGCUUGGAGCAAAGACUUGAACAAUAUCACUGAAUCACCUGCAGCUCUGUGACGUUUUCUGUGGAUUUAAUUUUUUUCAAGUGUUAAAAACCCACUGAUUGUUUUUGUUUUUGGUGGAAGAAACAGAGCAGAGACAAUCAUCCAGUGUGGAUUUGUAGUUUAGAAGAGGUCCUCUGUGUGGCUGUGUAAGUCUUCCAAAAUGGCGCCCGUGAAAGGCUGGAUGGUGGGGCUCCUGCUGGUCCUCCUGUGCCCGUCCCAGGUCCCGCUCCCUGGACUGGUGAGUGCCCAGGAUGUGGCUGAAGCAGAGGAAGGCCUCCAUGCCAGAGAUGUUGAAGAGGUUGUGGCUGAGGAGGGUGAAACCGCUGAGGGUGAUGAUGACGCAGGUGAGGAAGUAGAACAGGUAGAAGAGGAUGAUGAAGGAGAAGCUGAUGAACAAGAGGAAGAGGAGGGUGAGGAGAAGGAGGAAGAAGAGGAUGCUGAGGAGGAAGAAGAGGAUGCUGAGGAGGAGGAGGCUGCCGAUGAGGAAGAGGAGGAUGAUGAUGAGGGAGAGGAAGAUGAUGAUGAUGAGGAGAAGGAGGAAGCGGAGGCUGAUGAGGCAGCAGCUGAGGAUGAUGAUGAUGAUGAUGAGGAGGAGGAGGAGGAGGAGGAGGAAGAGGCUGCUGAGGAGGAAGACGAGGAGGAGGAGGCUGCUGAGGAGGAGGAGGCUGCCGAUGAGGAAGAGGAUGAUGAUGAGGAGGAGGAGGAAGAGGAGGCUGGUGAGGCAGCAGCUGAGGAUGAUGACGAUGAGGAGGAGGAGGAGGAGGAGGGAGAGGCUGCAGAUGAGGAAGAGGACGAUGAUGAUGAUGAUGAGGAGGAGGAGGAGGAGGGGGAGGCUGCAGAUGAGGAAGAGGAUGAUGAUGAUGAUGAGGAGGAUGAGGCAGCAGAAGAGGAGGAAGAGGAGGCUUCUGAGGAGGAUGACGAGGCAGCGGAAUACCGCUCUGGCUCUUUGUGUAGUGUGUGCUCCAUCUGUGAGCACUGCUCUAAAAACUGCGACCAAUGCCCCUGUGAAGACGGAGAUGAGUCGGAACACUGUGAGAUCUGCCAAGAAUGCUCAUCCUGCUACAUCUGCCCAAUACUGUGUGACACAAUUUGCACACCAGGUGGCCUUGUUGAUGAGCUCAGUGGCUCUCUCUUUCAGUAA